AUGGGACGCCAGUCGCUUGUGAUAGCUGUCAUCCUUUGUGUCUUGAUAUGCCAGGGUUUUUGUUCAGGGGUUUUCGAGUUGAAGUUGCAAGAGUUUCUCAACAAGAAAGGAGUGUCAGGCAAUACAAACUGCUGCAAAGGAGCCUCUGGGAUUCAGCAGUGUGAAUGCAAAACGUUUUUUAGAAUCUGCUUGAAGCAUUAUCAAGUUAAUGUAUCACCGGAACCCCCUUGUACCUAUGGUGGUGCGAUGACUCCUGUCCUCGGAUCAAACUCCUUCCAAGUGCCGGAAACAACUGCAGAAGCAUUCGCCAACCCUAUUCCGUUUUCUUUUGGAUUCACGUGGCCGGGGACAUUCUCUCUCAUCAUUGAGGCCCUACACACGGAUUCUGACAAUGAUCUUUCAACAGAUAACCCUGAAGGUCUGAUCAGUCUCUUCACCACUCAGAAGCAUCUGACAGUGGGCGAUGAGUGGUCCUCUGAUUUACAGACUAGUGGAAGAACAGAGCUGAAGUACUCCUACCGAUUUGUUUGUGAUGAGCAUUACUACGGGGAGGGCUGUUCUGUUUUCUGCCGUCCACGAGAUGAUGCCUUCGGUCACUUCACCUGCGGGGACCGUGGCGAGAUCAUCUGCAACUCAGGAUGGAAGGGAACCUACUGCACAGAACCAAUCUGUCUUCCUGGUUGUGGCGAGGAGCACGGGUUCUGUGACAAGCCUGGUGAAUGCAAGUGUAGAGUUGGCUUCAGUGGGCGUUACUGUGAUGACUGCAUCCGCUAUCCAGGGUGUCUUCAUGGCACCUGCCAGCAGCCGUGGCAGUGUAGCUGCCUGGAGGGGUGGGGUGGCCUUUUCUGCAACCAAGAUCUCAACUACUGCACACACCACAAGCCCUGCAUGAAUGGAGCCACUUGUACCAAUACUGGCCAGGGUAGCUACACCUGCUCCUGUAAACCCGGCUUCACUGGGGCCAGCUGUGAGAUUGAGGUUAAUGAAUGUUCCGACAACCCCUGCCAAAAUGGGGGAAGCUGCACUGAUUUAGAAAACACAUACACAUGUGCCUGCCCCCCAGGCUUCUAUGGCAACAGCUGUGAGCUCAGUGCCAUGACCUGUGCCGAUGGGCCUUGCUUUAACGGCGGACGCUGUGCUGACAACCCAGAGGGAGGAUACUACUGCCAGUGUCCUCUCGGCUAUGCCGGAUUCAACUGUGAGAAGAAGAUCGACCACUGCACCUCCAACCCAUGCUCCAACGGUGCCCAGUGUAUGGACCUAGUGAACUCCUACAUGUGCCAGUGCCCUGAGGGCUUCUCCGGAGCCAACUGCGAAGACAACAUUGACGAGUGCGCCAACUACCCCUGCCAGAAUGGUGGCACAUGCUUGGAUGGCAUGAAUGAUUACACCUGCACCUGCCCACCUGGAUACACCGGCAAGAACUGCAGCUCGACUAUCAGAAAAUGUGAGCACAAUCCCUGCCACAACGGAGCCACCUGCCACGAGAGGAAUAAUCGCUAUGUGUGCGCCUGUGUGCCAGGCUACGGCGGCCAUAACUGCCAGUUCCUCCUGCCGGAGCACCCCCAGGGACAACCCGGGUUGGAAGGAGCUGGUAAGAGAUACUCUGAUGAAGAGGACCAAGGCACAUUCCCCUGGACCGCAGUGUGUGCUGGGAUUAUCCUGGCGCUGCUGCUGCUGGUGGCCUGUGCCGUGCUGAUGGUUUACAUCCGGGUCAAGGUGCAGCAGAGGAGUCAGCAGGGAGACACCCACAGUGAGAGUGAGACCAUGAACAACCUGGCCAACAACUGUCAACGGCCUGACAAGGACCUAUCUGUCAGCGUGAUCGGCACGACAGGGGUCAAGAACACCAAUAAGAAAGUGGACUUUCACUCGGACAAUGCUGGAGGAGAGCAGAAUGGCUACAAGUCCCGAUGCUCGUCAACGGAUUAUAAUCUGGUGCAUGAGCUGAAGCCAGAAGAUGUGUUGAAAGAGGACCAAGAAAAGAGUGAAGCAAAGUGUUCCGAAUCAAAUUGUUCUGAAUCUUUUUGUUCCGACAGUGAGUUUGAAGAGAAACACAGAAAACGUUUAAAGAGUGACGCCUCAGAAAAUAAACGUCCAGAGGAGUCGAUGUGCAACGAAGCAUCGAUUUGCAACAACACAAAGUACCAGUCAGUCUACGUCAUAUCAGACGAGAAAGAUGAAUGUAUCAUUGCAACUGAGGAACCAACUAUACCAUCUCCUCCAGCGGGAUCUGGUGCCAGCGCUUUGCGUAUCACGCCUCCAAGUCAGUACGAUGGUUCGGCGGCGGGGUGCCAGGGAUUCCUGCUACAAUUAGAUCUGUACCUGGCCACCGUUCGACCAGCUCCCUCGGACGAAGAGAGCGUGAGUGUCCUCGUCUCCUGCCUGACGGGUAGAGCCCUAGAGUGGGCCAAUGCGGUCUGGAACGGGCCCGACUCAGCGAGGGGCCACUACCCGGAGUUCACCCGCCGUUUUCGGGCCGUGUUCGAUCACCCUCCAGAUGGCCGAGCGGCGGGUGAGAGAUUGUUCUAUCUCCGACAGGGGACGAGGAGCGCGCAGGACUUCGCGCUGGAUUUCCAGACCUUGGCCGCUGGAGCAGGGUGGAACGACAGGGCCCUGAUAGACCAUUACAGGUGUAGCCUGAGAGAGGACGUCCGCAGAGAGCUGGCUUGUCGGGACACGACGCUCAGUUUGGAUGAACUAAUAGACAUGUCUAUCCGGUUAGACCAUCUGCUAGCUGCUCGCGGACGUUCUGAAAGGGUCCUGUCAGUUCCACCUCCUGACCCUCCUGCUCCCAUCCCGAUGGAGCUAGGAGGGGCAGCAUCUAGGGAGAUCGGAGGAGGAGGCUCCUCCUGUACCAGUUGUGGCCGAAGAGGGCACACUUCCGGUCGGUGCUGGAGGAGUCCAUCUGGGAAUCGAGAGGGUAGGCAGAACACUCCUCGGUCACCUCAGGCCGACGCGCUGUCUCGCCUCUAUGACUCAGAGGACCGGUCCAUCGAUCCUACUCCCAUCAUUCCGGCGGCCAAAUUCAGGGAUCCAGGGAUCAACCAGUCAGGAGGUCUGCUCUCCUGCCCACUGACCUCUGAUUCAGGGCUCAACCUGUCAGCAGGUCUGCUCUCCUGCCUACUGAUCUCUGAUUCCGGGCUCAACCUGUCAGCAUGUCUGCUCUCCUGCCCACUGACCUCUGAUUCAGGGCUCAACAUGUCAGCAUGUCUGCUCUCCUGCACACUGACCUCUGAUUCAGGGAUCAACCAGUCUGGAGGGAUCAACCUGUCAGCAUGUCUGCUCUACUGCGCACUGGCCUCUGAUUCAGGGCUGAACCUGUCAGCAGGUCUGCUCUCCUGCACACUGACCUCUGAUUCAGGGCUCAACCAGUCAGGAGGUCUACUCUCCUGCCCACUGACCUUUGAUUCAGGGAUCAACCUAUCCUCCUGCACACUGGCCUCUGAUUCAGGGAUCAACCAGUCUGGAGGUCUGCUUUCCUCCCACUGA